UUUAUUAUUUCUUUUGACAUUUACAACAGUGUUGGUGUAAUUAAGGAAAACCAGCUAGCUUACCAGCGGUCCACAUGACACCAUUAAAGAAAACUCAAAAAUUCAAACCAUUUUCAACGUUACUGCAUUGUUCAAAUCAUCUACAGGAAGAUUUUCUUUCAUUUCAUAUUUAUAUAUUAUCUUCAAUCAACUAAAAAAUUGAUAUUUUUGGAUCUCUCUUUCUAUAUGCAUGUGUUUGUAUAUAUAUAUGUGGGGGAUUGUUGAUUCGUGUGCAAUCGUUGAAAUUCACCAACUGGGUCUCUCUUCUCUUUCUGGGUGUGGCUGUUUUCUUGUUCUACAGAUACCCUUUUCAUCAUUCUGAGGAUAUGGCUGAAGCAGCUCCCAAAUCCAUUUAUGAUUUCACUGUCAAGGAUAUUCGCGGGAACGACGUGAGUCUGAGCGAUUACAAUGGGAAGGUUCUUCUGAUAGUGAAUGUUGCAUCAAAAUGCGGUCUAACACAUUCCAACUACAAGGAAUUGAAUGUUUUAUAUGAAAAAUACAAAAGCCAAGGGUUUGAGAUUUUGGCAUUUCCUUGCAACCAGUUUCUAGGACAAGAACCAGGAAGUAAUGAGGAAAUUCUGGAAGCUGCAUGCACCAUGUUCAAAGCUGAGUUCCCGAUCUUUGAUAAGGUUGAGGUGAAUGGCAAGAACACGGCACCCCUCUACAAGUUCUUAAAGUUGCAGAAAGGUGGGUUAUUUGGUGAUGGCAUCAAAUGGAAUUUCACAAAGUUUCUGGUGGACAAAGAAGGGAAGGUUGUGGACAGAUAUGCUCCUACCACAUCACCUCUUAAAAUUGAGGAAGACAUCCAAAAUCUGCUGGGUUCAGCCUGAGUUUCAAGGUUCAAGAACAUAGUCCAUCUUUUAAUGAGAAUAAAAUUGUUAUCACCUUGAAGUACAAUGCAUCUAGGAGAAAAUGGAUUGCAAAGUGUUCUAGAUUUGUUGGUUGCAGUGUGCUAAGAUCCCAAUCAAACUGGAUGGUUACUGGGAAAACUCUUGUUUGUUUUCUUUUAUAUUUUAUUCAUCUCCUCAAUCAGAAAAUCCUGAUAUAAAUGCUUGUAGUUACUUGUGUUCGUUGUUAAGAUUAGUAAAAUGCGCUUUUAGGCUUCA